UGGAAAGUCACCAUUGACAGCCGAAGCACAACUUUUCCGCAGGCAAAGUGAAAUCCAGCCGCGGACUCGGACACAAUCUAGUUCCCGCUUUUCAACUUAAAUUAGUGGGAAGAAGGUGCGGCCGUCCCCCGGUCGGAGCCGGGGUCACUCGCCCAUCCCCCGGACAGCAGCCAUACGGCGUGGGACGGCUUUGCGGCGGCUUCCGAGCACUUUUGGAGACGGGCGGAAAGUCGGUGAUGAGUCCCGGGCUGCCAAAGAAGCGACAACUUGCUCCCCGAGCCGACUAGUUCUGCUUUGGCUUGUUGUCGCUCGAAAACAAGGCAAUUUGGCCCCGAAAUUGGCGACGAAAGUGGGAGCAAAGUGCUUUUGUGGACCUAACAUGGAAGUACAAGGCCCGCAAGAGGCGCUCAAAGUGGGAAUUCAAUGUCAUCAGGCUUCGACGCUGUGCAAAGGCCUGAAUGAAGUUCCCAAUGGACAGAAACUGGCUGUGCGGAGUUGCCCGGUGGGCACCGGCAAGACGCCAUCCCUCAUCAAGCCCGCCGGCCAGGCCAUCUCCAAGGCUCCCGUCGCCGCGGUGACGCACCUCAAGGGGCAGAAGGCGCCCCCCGGCUUGGAGCCGCAGCCGGUGGGAGCUCACCCGCCGGGAGCCAGGAAGGCUCCGGAGCUUCCUCCCACGCAGAUGUCCGGCUCGCUCAGCUCGGUUCCCAUCACGGUGCCUCAAGUCAACUCGCCACAGCGGGCGGCCGGUCAGGUACUACCUCAGGUCAGACCAAAGACGCCGAUCCCCGACAGCCUUCCUCACAGUCCGUGCCGGAACGCCUCCCCGGCCCAUCCGGGUCCCCGUCGGCAGCCUUACGACGGCGCCCCCCCGGCCCUGGACUCUGGCGGGCCCGCCCACCACGGCGCCGGCGUGGCCUACGCCAUCAUCUCGGCCGACGCCAACGGGGUGGCUGCCGUCAGCGAGGCCGUCAAGGUCAUCAUCAUCCAGCCUCAGGCACCCGGUGGCGGCGGCGAGGAGGUGUCGCUCCCCCUGCCAUCGCCCGCUCCCACCGGCAAGAUGGAGGAGGACCUCACCAAGGAGAAAAUUUCCUUCAUGGUGGCACUCGGGCUGGUCACCAACGAGCACCUGGAAGAACUCCAGCUGAAGAGGCAGGAGAGGAAAAGGCGCAGCACAGCGAACCCCGCCUACAGCGGCCUCUUUGAACCAGAGCGCAAGCGGCCGGCGUGGCAUUACCUGACCGGCUCGCUCUUCCUCUCGCCACCAGACUCUGAGGAUUUCUGCUGGAAGGAUGAGGCGGAGCGGGACCAGCGCUGCGCUGUCUGCCAACGGGAUGGCGAGCUGCGGCCGUGCCGCGGCUGUCCGCGAGCCUUCCACCCGGACUGCCUCUGGCCGCCACUGGAGAGCCCGCCCCGCGGACCCUGGUACUGCCCCAAGUGCCACAAGAAGGUCCUGAACAAGGAAAACAUGUCCUGGCCACGCAACUUUGUGCAGUCGUACGUCACGCACAAGACAGUGCGUCUGGAGGAAAAGCGGCGUCUGCUUCGGCGAAACGUGGAGCUGAAGAAAGACUGCGGUCACCUGGAGGAGGAAGACCGGCAGCUCAGCAAGACGCUCCGACGCUGCCUGGAUCGACGAGAUGGUCUGGCGGCGCGGCAGCGGGACACGCUGGCGGCGCUGGAGCGACUCAAAAUCCUCAUCAGGCUCAUCCGCCUUAGCGUGACGACCGCCUCCGCCUUGACGCCCGCCGGCCCGCCCUCCUCUUCCCCGUCCUGGAAGAAAAGCGAGCUGUCGACCUCUCCUCUCCAGACCUUGCCAGGCAACAAGUAGCCCCGAACGCCCGCCCCGCCUCGCCCCCUCCCGUCGUGGCCGGCCAAUUGAUAAUUUGUUUGUCCCGAGACCUCCGGUGCUUACGAGAUUACUUUUUCUUUCUUUGUGGGCCUUAAACUUGGUGCGGUUGCCACAGCAGCUUUUUUUUGUUUUUGUUUUGUUUUGUUUUUUGCCAAAACAAGUCAGCAAGUAUUUGCAGAAGGAGAAAGUGUUGUAGAGCAACUCAGCAGUAUUGGCCCGUCGGAUCAAAUAGAGGAGCGCUCGAUGCGAGCGUCCGGUCUGGUCCGGUGAGGAGUCGAGUCGCCCGUAGUUGCAACAAAGCCAUUGGCCGAGGAAAAAAAAAAUCACCUAGUUUGUUGUUUGUCCGAGUGGCGACUUAAAAGUGGCGAGCGGUCACCGGGUAAGGUGCCUUGGUCUCGGUUGGUGAGCCAUCCCGUUGGCGGGGUGCGUUCAAAUAUGCCAAAAAGUUGUCUGUGUUUUUGUUGGAGUAGAAUUUGCGAAUAAGGUGUUGUGCCCGACUGGCCCCUGUCCGUUCCGUCUUCCUGCCGCCACUCCAUCCAAAAAAGCGGCGCCUGCUUCCGCCUGGCCUGGCCUCGCCCCGCCCCCCCCCCCCAUUCCUCGCCUCACCUCACCCAAGCGGUCUUGUCCGGGAGAAACUGUGCAGUUAUCAAAACUAUUUUACGAGAGCACACCUUUGAACAAAGAACUCACUCUUGGCGUCUUAAAAGGUUUUCUAUUCUUGUACGGAGCAGCAAAAACAAUAGUUUGUCUCAUGGGCCCCUCCCUACCUGCCUCCCUCCUGCCCCACGCCUCGCCGCGGGCGGGAACUUGCCACUAGCCAGUAGAUGAAGUCUUUUGUCUUUGACAUGCCAACGUAAUAGUUGACUUUUUCUACUGACUUCUUAUGAAAACCAGACCAAAAAAAUGGAUUCCUUAAUAAAGAUUUCAUCUACGAAGGAC